AUGAAUUCUGAUCGCUCCGCUCCACUCCGCCUAUGGUUCUCAGCCGCUAGCAAUGGGGACACAGAGUUCUUGAAGCAUCAUACGGAGGCCUGCAAAGGAAAGCUAAACGAGGCCGGCUUAACAGCACUUGCGCUGGCAAUCUCUUCUAAUCAAUUUGAGUCUGCUGCAUAUCUUUCUGAACACGAAGCCACUGUGCGAUUAGCAAAAAGGCAGACUCCGCUGAUGCUUGCAGCGUCUCUGAAUCGUACAGAUAUCCUCCCUCUUCUCCAUGCAACCUAUGGGUGGCAGGACGAGGACGGGAAGACAGCGUUGAUGUACGCAGUGCUAGCUAGCAAUGCACUGGCGUCUGUGAGGCACCUUGCACCCCACGAGCACGGAAUCCAAUCAACUGUUUUCGAAGUGACAACGGACGAUCUUGAUCUCUUCGACCGUCAGAUGGAGUCCCUGCAGUAUGUAACACCUUACUUCUUGUUUGAGGGUGCUAUGGUCGAGGCUGUCACCGCUCUUACUCGCGACAAAACGGCCCUGCACAUGGCCGUACUGGCGGGCAACGUAGACGCCUUUUCGGUACUCCUUCCCUUGGAGUACUCUAUUGCCAACGCCAAUAAAGAGUACUUUACUAUGCUGCUUUCAAGAUUAGACCCAGACACUGCUGCACUCUUCUGUCCGCUUAUGACGGAAAAUGCCCAUCUAAUCAGGUCCAUCUUUGGAGCCAAGUCGAGCUCUACUGGUAAAACGGCUUUGUUGUAUGCGAUAGCAGAGAGAAAUGCUCCGUUAGUAGAGUUCUUUUCAGCCUAUGAGCUGCAAACUAGCAUUACAGAGGCUGACAUAGCCUUUCCUAGCCCCGAUCAACAGGGAACUAUAGCUGAUAGCACGGAGUUGAUAGAGAAACGGACAUAUAAAGGGUUUACACCAUUUCACUAUGCGGCACUGACCGGAGACCAGCAGAUCGUCUCUACUCUAUUUAAUUCAGUUGGAAGAUUGGGAAUCGUCUCUCUUGUCGAGCAGACAGAUGACCUGGGUCGUACUCCACUGCACAUAGCAGCCUCGUUGCUUAAUUUUAAUUAUAUGGAGGAGUACCUGACCUUUGCUUCGCAGAACAUGUUGAAGCUUAACAUACAGGAUGCGCGAGGCUUCAGCCCCAUUGACUAUGCAAUUGUGUCGCCCUUGCUUGGAACUUACUGCGCAGAGUAUCGAACCGCAGCGUCGAAGAGAAGGUCACAUGCGUCCUAUGGUGAAAUAGUCUCAACAGAAGUCCCCUCAGACGUUUCUGCUGCAUUCUCCAAGAUCUUAGAUAGCACGGUUUCUAUUUAUCAACGGGAAAAUAGUGACCCCACUAAUCUGGAGAAGAAAGUGGCCGGCCAUCUUGUGUUAGCCGUAUCAAGGUUCAACUGCAUGGCUGUGGAUAAGAUAAGCAAGUACUGCGAUGCACAACAGUUGAGCGAAGCCCUCCUGGAGGCUGCCAAGCUGUGUUUUAAUGAGGUUGUCCCACAUCUACUUGGGGACCCGCGACAUACCAAUUCUGCCCAAGCCUCUGCUUCACUGUUUGCAGCAACUUGUGAAAAUGGUCCCUUUAGGUCACUAUUUCCACGCAAUGAGAAAGCCCGCAAUGAACGUGGGGAGACAGCUCUCAUGCUGGCAUGCAAAGCCCGCUGCUUUACAAAUGCACUGAUCGCAGUUGACGCCGAAGCGGGUCUCAAAACGUGCAACGGAGAAACCGCACUCAUGUUUCUGGCCUCUUUGGGAGAACUUCCUUGCGAAGAUGAACAAAGAUCACUCUAUAGAGAGCUUUCUGAGCGCUUGGUUUCUGCAGAAAAGGGCUCAAUAGAUGUGCGCGGCUAUACAGCCCUGAUGUACGCGGCCAAAGCAAAUUCUCUGAGCCUCGUACACCAGCUACUUCGGUGGGAGUACGGGCAUGUGGCAUUUGACCAACUCACGUCACUGGCAGUGGCAGCACAGCAUGGAAACGUGCAAGUUGUGGAGGCAAUGCUUGCGUAUGAAAAGAGCAAGCUUCUCGAUGCAGAGCAAGAUAAGAUUGAGACCAAGUCCUUCACAAAUUUGCGUGUGACAGCUCUGAUGCUCGCUGCUGCCCGUCCUAACAACUCACGGAUGUGUCAGCUGCUGGCUCCAAUACAGGCUGGCAUUCAAGACCAAACGGGAUCGACUGCCCUUAUGUAUGCUGUGAAGAAUGGCCACCCAGCUAAUGCCAAUGUACUAGCGUCUUAUGAGCACUUAAAGAUAGACGAAAAGGGAUACAGCGCUCUUAUGUACGCCAUCGAUAAAAACCAAACUCCCUCUAUCCUCAGUCUGAUUGAGUACGAGUGUGGCAUUGGUCUCUCCAGAGGCACAGGGCAAACAGCUAUGAUCCUUGCCGUGAAGAGUAAGGUCAUAAGUAUAGGCAGCAAACUACAAUACAUCAAAGAACUAAUCGGAAAGGAGGGUGGUGUCCAAGACAAAAGUAAAAGGACGGCGCUGAUGUAUGCAAUUGAAUCAGGAGAGGAAGGAAGCGACCAGCUGGCACUCCUGUUAGCAAAGCACGAGAAGGGGCGGCAAAUGGCCGAUGGAACUAGCGCCUUGAUGCUUGCAGUCAAACAUGAAAUGUACGGUGUUGCCUUGGCCCUUACGGCAUUCGAAGUGGGACUGACUACGAAUACUGGAUACACCGCCCUCAUGUACUUAUCAGCGGGGGAGAAUCCAUAUCUCUUAGCAGACCAUAAGAAGGCGGACUACGAUCAGCUGCUUCGAAAAUUAGUCUUGGCAGAGGCACGGAAGCUUGAUAACGACGGAUGCACCGCCCUCAUGCUUGCAGUCACACAUAGAAACACACGCAUCAUCAAGGAGCUUCUUCCCUACGAAACUAAACAGACUAAUGCGAGAGGAGAGACAAUGCUUAUGUAUGCAGCUGAGCACAAUAUGGUAGAAAUCGUCGAACUGUUAAUAGACUAUGAAGCUGGCAUGCGUGACAAGGAUGGAGAGAACGCUCUUAUUCACGCGUGUAAGGCAGGCAUGGUCGAUGCGGCAAUCGUUUUGGCAAGGUGUCCGGCCGAAGUCGACUGUGUUCCGCGAGACGGUGUAGAGGCUACCCCCAUGAUGGUUGCCGCUGAGUGCGGGUUGAGCUCUGUCGUUAUUGCCUUGAAGCAAUCGUGUGUUGGCUUUGUCUGUACAAAAGGGCCGUACUCUGGGUACUCUGCACUAGGUUUAGCGAUCAAGGGAGGCCAUGAAACCAUAGUAAAGCUCCUCUACGACGAGAUCCCUCUGUGCAUGGGGUCACAGUACGGCGCCAUAGAGUUGUGCAUCCGCUUCAAGAGGGAGAACAUGCUCCUAUGGAUCCUAGAAUAUUGUUCAAGACACAGCAAAUUGGAAACAGCAGCGAAGUCCACUUGCUUCCCCAAAAGCACAGAGGUACACAUCCCAGAGGCUAGUCUGGCUGCAUCAUACUUUUAUGGGUCAUCAGUGGGAAAUGUGCAGAUAAUGCACCUGUCGGUUGAGAUGCUUGGAGAGAAGGCUGCUGACAUGCAAUGCAGCAAGCCUCUGAAGGCCCUUGAUGCACGGUUCUAUGCACUGCUACUGCACAGGAACACAAGUGAGGUCCUUGCUUGUCUCAAGAAGCGGUGGGCCUGGGUUCUAGAGGCGAUUCAUAGAUCCAUUAAAGAGGAUGCUUUGCUUCUUCUCUUGGCAGACCAAAUACUAUAUAUGCUUCUGGACGACAUCGACCAGGAUGAGUUACAUACAGAGCUCUCUCUUGCCCAUCGGCUUGAAGGGGCUUUACACGAAUUGUCCCGCGCACUCAGGGAAUAUGAAAUUGACAGCUGCUGUGUCUGCAUGGAUGCAGACGCAGACGUGAUCUUUUUCCCGUGUAAGCACAUGAUAGCGUGUGAAUCUUGCGCAAAGGGUCUCGCACGUUGUCCAUACUGUCGAACUAUCAUAAGUGAGAUUUUCAAUCCGUACUUCUUGCAGCUCACGGACAACUCAAAGCAUCAUUGCGCCAUAAUAUAG